AUGAAGUCCUGCUUGCUUCUCUCCUCGUCUUCGGGCGUGUCUGCCCUGGAAGUGCUGUGCAAGCACAGGCACGGCAACAUCAUCAUGUCCGGCUGGAGAAGCUUGGCGUCGGGUCCUUUUGAGGAACUGGCCGACAGGGAGUUUGGAGGCAAGACGGAGGAUGUGCUCGAGAUUACCUCUAACAG